CUCAUUAUUAAGUGCAUCCAACCUUCCGGCAUUCUCGCCGAGUAUAUAAGGCGCCUCGCCGCCAUAGUCAGCAACAGUUCAGUUCUUGACUGCACAGCAGAGAACGCAGAACCGACCAUGAGGACCAUGCUGGUUGCCCUCUUCGUGAGCGCCCUGGUCGGCGUCUCCCUGGCCGGUCUUGUCGGACACGGCGGUGGCUACGGUGGCGGCUUCGGCGGAGGCUACGGCGGAGGACUCGUUGCUCUUGGUGGAUACGGUGGCGGAGGAUACGGUGGCGGAGGAUACGGUGGAGGCUAUGGCAAAUCCCUUCCCGGACCAUCCUUCCUCAUUAAGAGUGUGCACCACGUGAGCAAGGUCAGCCAUGGAGGACCCAUCCUGGCCAACUACGACCUCGGAGUCGCCUACGGUGGCGGAUACGGCGGAGGUUACGGAGGGGGCUUCGGAGGCGGUUAUGGAGGUUUCGGCGGUUAUGGAUUCGGCGGUCUCGGAUACGGUCACAAGGGUUAAAGUUAGAAGCUUCUCACUAGUAGCCAAAACACCAACGCAGAGCGCGCAUUGGCAGUACAACCAAAGGCCAGUCCUUCUACCAUCGGCAACAGAAGAAACGUUGAUUGGAACGACGUGAUGCCUGUGCAGCAAGAACAUUGUAAGCUGUAAGUAGCUGAAAUGCGAAAAAAGAAAAACAAGAAAGACAAACUGAGUUUAUCUCAGAAGUGCCGACGCUACCUGCAUGAGUGAGUGAUAGUAUAGCCUACUCAGGCGCAGAACAGGUAGCUUUUCUGCAGUGGCUGAAACGAGUACAUUCAAUGGAAGAAUCACCUUCAUCCCGAAGCCUGCGAACGGUGUUGGCUCUUGCGAUGUAUAUUUUGUACAGAUGAGAUCACACCGCUAAUAAAACAGAUGUACAGAAAA